UUGCACCUGAGCAGUUAAGACUUUAGUGCGUAGCGGCUGCAAGAAAAUGGAACCCGAAUUAUAUGCAGCUGCACAGUCAGGUAAUUGGGUUGUAAUGAGAAGAUUUUCAGACUACUUCUACUCUCAACAUACUCCAGUAAAAGACACAGUCCUUCACGUAUUAGCCCAGUCAUGUGACUCUGCAAAUGUAGUCCAACUUAUCCUUGCUGGACAUGGCCGUUUGCUUAUGAAAUUGAACAAACAGGGCGAGACUGCACUUCAUUUGGCAGCAAGAAAGGGGCAUUUGGGCAUCGUUCGAGCACUAAUUGACCAUGCAAAAUCGGAAGCAGGACGCUGGUCCCCCCCAUGUUUUGACAGGCGCAAGAGGAUGCUGAGGAUGGCUAGUGUGGCUGGAAAUACAGCUUUACACGAGGCAGUUAGGAACAACUUCUAUGACAUCGCCAAACUGUUAGUUCAAGAAGAUCCUGAGUUUCGUUAUCCCCACAAUUAUGCUGUGGAGACACCUCUGUAUCUGGCAGUUGAGAAGGGACGCCAUAAUAUUGUGGUUCUAAUUUUGGAGUCUUGCAAGACACCAUCUUAUCUUGGCCCCGGACACAAAACUGCCUUGCAUGCUGCCGCAAUUUGGAAUUCGCCAGAAUCCAUGAUGCUGAUUUUGGAAAAGCUGCCUAAUCUUAUAAAGAAUGCCGAUAAAUUUGGGUGGACUGCACUUCAUUAUGCUGCCAAAUUCAAUCAUCAGGAAAUUGCAAGACUAUUACUGUCUGCCGAUAGGUCUACUGCCUAUGCCAAGAAUGAUGACUCCAAGACUGCUCUACAUAUUGCUGUAAUUCAUGGACAUGUAGUUUUGGUGGAAGAGAUUUUAUCCCAUUGCCCAGACUGUUGGGUUCAGAUUACGGGUGAAAGUCGGAAUAUCCUUCACCUAGCUGUAAAGCAUGAACAAGGAGAAGUCUUGGAGUUUGUUUUGCAAAAUUCCGGGGCUUCUGAGCUCAUUAACCAACAGGAUAAUGAAGGAAACACUCCUCUCCACCUGUAUGUUGCUACCGAAAACUUAGAUGGGAAUUGCCUUGUGAAUCAUCCUUUUGUGGAUGUCAAUUCUUUUGACAAUUCCAACUCGACGCCUCUAGACAGAAUAGUGGGGGGUGAUCAACUUUCAGACAGAAAGAUUUUAAUCAAGGACGAGUUGGAGCAAGCAGGUGGCACUCGAGGGUAUCGAAAUGUUGCAACCGUAGAGAAGAUCUUACGAGCAUUCUCUAGUCCUGAUGAAGUAAAAAGAGUCGAACAAUGGUCUAAGAAUUAUUCGAUUGUGGCUACACUGAUCGUAACAGUCACUUUUGCAGCUGGUUUUACAGUUCCAGGUGGAUACAACAGUGACGGUCCACACAAAGGCAUGGCAGUUCUAGGCAAGAAAGCAGCUUUUAUUGGAUUUGUUAUUUUAGAUUCCUUGGCAAUGUUUGCCUCCAUAGCUGCAGUGGUUGGACAUAUCAUGCUCAUGGUGACAAAAAAUUACCUGCUUAAGUUGGCUGUUGUCCUGGCAAUUGUGAAAGAAGUUUCUUUGGCUCUGGGAUUCAUGACGGGGGCAUUCCUCUUUGGCUUGUCCGCAGUGCUACCGAAUUUGACCGCCAUGAUUUUGCUGUGUGCCGUCUGUGCUUUGCUUGGCCUUCACAUAUUCAUAUAUAUUCGGCUUGUACGCAGUCCUACCAAAUUUGUGUCCUCGCUGCUUGGCUUGCAUUCACAUAUGCUUCACUUUUUUGGGUAGAAAACGAGGACAGGGAAUGUAUCUAUACAACUAGAUUUAAGCGUAGCGAAGUUGACUAUGUCGACAUUCACGCUCUAGGUCUAUAUAAACGAUAUCGUCAGGAUUUGACCGAAGCCGAGGACUAGUUGUGUUAUAAUGUACAAUGUGACGCUUUCUUUCUUUUUUGUAUAUAUAUAAAU